AUGGUCGCUGAAAUUAACAAGAUUCAACCUGUCUCCAGUGUUCCUCAAUUCCUGACACUCACAGCUCCUAUUUCUAAGCCUUUUGUUCCUCUGGUUUCUGAGCCGAGUAGCUCUGCUAUCGUUUCUCCUUCGCUCAGCACCAGCACAGCUUCUAGCUCUGAGGAAGUUAUCCCCAACAUGUCAAUUCACCAUUCACGCGCAGACAGCACAUCUUCGCAAGCAUCUCUUUAA